AUGGCAGAGCCCUUCGACGAGACUGGACAUAGAGUGAUCUCGUUAGAACAACGAGCACCGGUUGGGCUAAUCCCUAUAAGGAAAUGGUAUACGUACAUUUCACUCGGCCCAAGUCUUUUUGAGUAUGAAAAUAUCCUCGAACAGAAGAAUCCAUGUGUCCGAUCUCAACUAGCACAUGUGUCGUUUAAAGCUCAAGCAGGCAUGCAUAUUUCGAAUGUUAUUAACUUCGACAUAUCACAUUCAAUUGAAGUCAUGAGAUAUCCGUAUCCGAUUUCAUUCCGAAAGUUACUUCGAGAGCAAUCCCAGGACUCGCCACAGCCGCGGCCACAGCAGUCACAGCGCGGCGCACAGAUUUUAUUGCCCAUAUUCGAUCUCUCAAUAUUUUUACCAGUACUCAACUUUCUUGGUGUUUCCAUUGGUGGUAUGACUGACAGGCCCGCCGGAUUUUCCAUAGCUAGGGUUAUCACUCCUAUCCCGCCAAACGAGGCCGGCGAAGAGACUCGAGCUGGCAAUUUGGCGGACAACGGGCUACUUGGACAGGAUUCUUUGGCGCAACAAGAAGCUGGACUCAAUGGGGAACGAUCUGAGUGGCAAUGGGGAUAUACCUCUUCCUUCUGUGGCAUCAUUCGCUCAUCUGCCAUUGAGUCCAGGAACCCGAUCCAACCCGCGUAUGUGGUCUUGGGUAUAUUCCCUAGUGGCCAUUUUAACCCAAAAGAGCGGAUUGCGUUUGUCCAUGACCCAGAAAAGCUUUUCAGGGAGCUACGAUGGACCAUUUUUCGUCUACGCGGGUGGAGAAGCAGCCUCUUAUCUUUGAGAGGAGUGAAAAGAUUCAGGCUGUUUAAAUGCAAUGCCGAGGACGGUACUCACGAACGUAUUCAUCUCGACAAAAAUGGGGACGCAGAUUUACAGCUUCUUUUGAAUAUGUACAAGAGAUGGUAUGUCUCUCGACAUAUCGCACUGGCUUGGACGAAUUGGAUCCAUCAUACGCUAAAUAACGGCUCGCUUGACGUGCUCAAUGGAACGUAUGCCAUUGAGCUUGUGUUGGAUUGGUCCGCGACUCGAAUCUCGAUUGUAGUACUCCUUCCGUUGCUAGCGAGCUUAAUAACCGGCAUCUGUCUUAACAAAGGCGCUUGGACGGAUCUUGCAACUAUACAGACCGCUUGGGGUACUGCGUCGUAUGUUGUAACAGCUGGAGGUUUGCUUGCUGCUUUACUGGCAAUUGUAAGCAGUAUUGCUGAAAGGUAA